GCUCGCGGCUGCUCGGAGCUCCACGGCACUCACCCGCCAGGUGCUGGGGUCCCCUGCGAGGCCAGCACAGCUGGUUGCCAGCCCUCCUCGCCUCCCUCCCCUUACAGCCUGGGCCUCGGCCUCUACCUGUCUGUGAAUCUGUGUCCUCCUGCCUGUCUUUCUCCGUCUCUGCCAAUUCUCUGUGUCCCCCACAUACUCCGAGUGGCCCCUGCAGGACUCCUGUGGCUACAGACAGCCCCUGGGCGUUGACAAGUCCCAGCGGGCAUCUUGCCUGCCCUGAGGGUGGGAAGGGCAGACCUCUGGGGCUACAGCGGCUCCGGAUGGGGUUUGGUCUCUCCGGCUGUGAGCAAAGCAGACUUGGGCUUACCCGGGUGGCAUAAAGGGUGGCGUGGCUGUCAGCAGAACGCUGUGUUGGGGUGCUGGCAUGAGCACUCCGGGGUCUCCAUGAGCCCCAGCAACAAGGCCUUCUCCCAACUGCAGCCUGAAACAGGCAUCUUUGUGUCCUUGGUCCCAUGGACGCCCUGAGGGCAUCCCCCUCCCCCGGCUCCUCAAGGCCCUCCAGCCCCAGGAUGGCGCCCUGUGAGAUGCCUGCGCCUGUGGGCAUUGAGGCCGUGCUGGACCAACUGAAGAUCAAGGCCAUGAAGACGGGCUUUGAGUUCAACGUCAUGGUGGUGGGGCAGAGUGGGCUGGGCAAGUCCACAAUGGUGAACACGCUGUUCAAGUCCAAAGUAUGGAAGUCGACCCUGCCAGGCCCGGGGGUACCCACGCCCCAGACGCUGCAGCUGCACUCGGUGACCCACAUCAUCGAGGAGAAGGGCCUGAAGCUGAAGCUCACAGUGACAGACACACCUGGCUUCGGGGACCAGAUCAACAAUGACAAGUGCUGGGAACCCAUCCUGGGCUACAUCAAUGAGCAGUAUGAGCGGUACCUGCAGGAGGAGAUUCUCAUCACGCGCCAGCGCCACAUCCCCGACACCCGGGUGCACUGCUGUGUGUACUUCGUGCCACCCACUGGGCACUGUCUGCGGCCCCUGGACAUCGAGUUCCUGCAGCGGCUGUGCCGGACUGUGAACGUGGUGCCCGUGAUCGCCCGGGCUGACAGCCUGACCAUCGAGGAGCGUGAGGCCUUCCGGAGCAGGAUCCAGAAAGACCUGAAAAGCCACUGCAUCGAUGUGUAUCCACAGAAGCGCUUUGAUGAGGAUGCCAAUGACAGGAUUCUCAACAGCAAGAUCCGGGAGCGAAUCCCGUUUGCCGUUGUCGGGGCAGACCAAGAGCACUUGGUGAAUGGGAGGUGUGUCCUGGGCCGGAAGACCAACUGGGGCAUCAUUGAAGUGGAGAACAUGGCGCACUGUGAGUUUCCUCUCCUGAGAGAUCUGCUCAUCCGCUCCCACCUCCAAGACCUGAAGGACAUCACACACAACAUCCACUACGAGAACUACCGUGUUGUCCGACUCAACGAGAGCCACCAGCUGCCACGCGGGCCCGGAUGGGUGAACCUGGCCCCCGUGAACCUGGCUUCUGCUUCUGCUGGACCGCUGACCACACCUGGGCCCUCAAAGGCCCACAAGUGGGCCCAGGAGGAGCCCAAGUAUGAGUUCUGAGCUCUAGAAGAUCCGGGCCUGCUGGGCUCCCCAAGUUCCCAGCAGCCAGUGCCCAACACACCGUGUCCUAGAGCAUCUGUUAAAGGUGCUCCUUGUCUUUUAUAAAAAAAAUCUGUGCUUUGAUGACAAAA